AUGAGAUACCGCACAUUUCAACACUUCAUUGCCUUCUUCAGCAAUUUGGCGAUGCUCCGCGCUACUGAUGGAUUAUCACAACAAGAUGCACUCAUUAAAUUUCACAGAAACUACAAAGACAUCUACCUUGCAAAGUCAGAAGAAUUGUACUAUUGCUUUGUCGGUGAUACUUGCCAAAACAAAGAUGGCUAUGUAGAUUUAGAGCAUAAAAUUUUCCCGGUGUUAUGUUAUUUAAAGAGAAGACAUGAGUUGAUACACAAUAUACCCUUCACAGAUCUUAAGGAGGAUCUAAGUGUCAUAGGCAAGCAGCUUUUGGAACUUUUAGAAAUGAAGUUUCUGUAUAGAAAUAACUUCACUGGGUUUAACAAGAAAUUUUUUGAGCAAAACGAUAUCAAAAGACGAGCUAACAACUGUAAAUUAACCGAAAGACUAAUAUCAGAAUUUUGCAAUCCAUGGAGUAAUGAUAAAUUUCCUAGUCUUCUCCAUGAUACCAUUGCCAAUGACUUUAGAUUACUGGAUAUAGAGGAUGCUUAUCUGAAGGAGCUGGUCCAAGAUAAGGCAGACAGCGUUUUCAGGUCACUGAAGACGAUAAGUGAGCUUCUGCAACCAUGGAUUGCUGUCGAGAAUACAAACAGAAUCAAAAACAUUCAGUUCAUGGCACCAACGUCUGAUGUUAAGCCACAGUCAGAAGAACGUUGGUAUUCAGGUAUAGUUAGAUGGUGGCAAGGCCAACCCGAGGCAGAGGUAAAACCAGCUGCGACACCAGGCCAGGUUCUUGAUGGUGCAAGUCUGGCUGAGUUAGAGAAGAAGCUUGAUUCUGAGUACUCAACGAAGUAUCUGCCAGAAGCAGGUGAUCUAUUCUUUUCGUACUUUAUACUUUUGGUGAUUGAGCUUGAAAAAAGCAGCAACACACUUUCAGAUGAAAGACGGGAACUGUUUGUGAAAACACUCAGUGAUCUUGAAAUGUUGGAUUGCAUGUCGGUGUUGCUUAGUUCCGUACCAAGCAUAGCCAAAUCACAAGAAGUUAAGUAUGACAAGGAUAUGUUUGACAGCAUUUUUAUUAAUAUGGGAAAAGGCUCAAUCUUCCAAAUAAUCUCUGAGACUAUCAAAAAGUCAUAUACCAGCAAUAGGAAAAUCACAAAAGGCGAAGUCGUUAGAGCGGUUUUGAACACUGUCAAAAGCGAUUUUGAUGAGCUUAUUAAUCAAUUUAAAAAGCCCAGUAAGCCAGAUGUCAGCCAAGAUGUAUCCUCAUGGUUAUGCUAUAUGCAAAUAAGGUUAAUACUGUCGACAUUCAAGAUUGAUAAUACCAUCAGCUUUAAUAAAAUUAGGAGAGAGGUUGAGGUUUUUGCAGGUAAAACUCAAGAUAUGAAGAGCUUUUACGCCCACGAAGUGCCGUAUAUUUUGGACAUACUGACACUAGGAAAAACCAAUUAA